AGUAAUGCGUCUGAGACUUCGCGACAGUUGUUCGGCGUUGUGGCGUGCACCCGAAAGCUGCCCCGCAUUUGCGCUAGCCGUAUCGGGUCGGGUACUUCACAGGGGGCAGACGCGACACCGAAGGUCCAUCGCGGCCUCCUUCAACUCACCCGGUUUCUUCAUCAAGUAUCAUGCUUUCGAGGCGUACUCGAUGCCUGGCUAAGCUUUCCACUGGAACGCCACUGAGAUACUCAAAGCUCGUGCAUCGGACCUAUCUUACCUCUUCAUCUGCCUCGCUCGUUAGCUUGACACGGUCGAGGAACGACUCACGUGCAAAUCAUCUCGCACAGCGGAGAUGGCAUCAAGUCACACAAGUCCGCAGCGUAAAGACAAAGUCCACAUUGAGCCUCAACGACAUUCCUCAAGGCACGAUCGAGGUUGAUUCGCUUCCUCCCGAAGACGAUGGCGAGCCAGAGUACCCGCCGUUAUUGCAGCAAGUGCGCAACAACAUGCUCAAGUUCGGCCAUUGUGUGCUGCUGACGAGAGUUGGCGGGUUCUACGAGCUGUACUUUGAACACGCCGACGAAUUCGCACCCCUCCUGAAUCUGAAGAGGUCGAAGAAGAGGCUUAUGAAAGGCAGCAAGAAGCCGGCAGUUCCUAUGGCUGGUUUCCCUGCAUACCAACUAGAUCGCUACCUCAAGAUUCUAGUACAGGACCUGAACAAGCACGUCGCCAUCAGCGACGAAUUUCUUAACGAUGUGCCGAAGAAGGCAAAGGGUGAACCCGCCUACACUCGGAGAGUAUCGCGCAUCGUCACCCCAGGAACGCUCAUCGAUGAGCACUUCAUGGAUCCAUGGGAGAACAACUAUCUCCUCAGCAUCCACGUUGACCCCAAAGCCCUCCAAAAGGAGAAGGCAGUCAAAGUCAGUCCGGGUAGCUCCGAUGUCUCCUCGGUCCUUAAUCUCCCACGAACCGAAGUCGGACUCGCUUGGAUCGACCUUUCCAGCGGAGACUUCAUGACUCAAAGUACGGACAUUGCGUCUCUACCGACAGCAGUAGCUCGGAUCAAGCCGCGAGAAAUCGUAUUGGACAGCAUCUUCGAGCAGGAAGAGCAUUCGCGGAUCGUAUCUAUCUUGCAAGAGGACGGACACAUCAUUACAUUUCAAGAGCCUUCCAAGCAGCCUUUAAUGGUAAAGGAUUGGAUUCCAAUGCUAGAAGACGUUGUUGAUGACUUUGAUACGGCCAAUUUCAACCCUAGCGAGGUGGCUGCCGGAGGGUCACUGCUACACUACGUCAAACAUCAGCUUCUUGGUUCAAGGACGCGUCUCCAGACUCCCGUACGACAUCAAGCCGGGGAGCACAUGAGCAUCGAUAAGAACAGCCUGCGAGCGCUUGAGAUUAGGAGUACCAUACGCGAUGGAACGUAUGAGGGAAGCUUGCUGCACUCUCUAAAGAAAACUGUCACAAAGAGCGGCACUAGGCUCUUGACCCAAAGGCUCUCUGCACCGUCCAUGUCCUUACCUACUAUCAACGACAGACUGGACUUGGUGGAGGAGAUGAUCGAGUAUCCGCAACUUCGACAGGACGUAGUGGCCCUGCUUGGGCACACGUUCGACUCGCUUCGCCUGGUAACGAAGUUCACGGUCGGCCGUGGAGACGCAGACGACCUAAUGGAGCUUUCGAAAACAAUCCUGACGACGGCGGAAAUUCUUCAUAUCCUGAAAGAUCACUCUAUCUCAAGGAACGCUGUCCCGAUAGAUCCAGCAAAGCAUGCGACAGAAAGUAGACGACGGCAGUGUCUUCCAGCAUUGCAGAAGCGAUUCGAGCUAGGAAUGCCUCUAGAGCUGGCAAAACACAUUCAGGAUGCCAUAGAUGAAGAAGGCUUAUCCGAAUACCACCGUCUCGAGGACAACGAAGCCGCCGAGAUGGAAGAAUUUGCUCAAGACGUAUUAGGGCGAGAGGGCGGCGAAGACGACCUAAAGCAGAUGCCAAAGCGGAUCCAACCAAAACCUCACAUGAUAGCGCCUAGCUUCAAGAGUGCUACGGAUGGCCGCGAUGAUGUCUGGAUAAUGAAGCGAAACGCAAGUAAGACACUACAGCGACUACAUGAAACACUAGAUUCUAUGGCCGAAAGCAAGACGCGACUCGAGAAUGAGCUGCGCCAGAAGCUGGGCGCAGAUAGCCUAACGUUGAAAUGGACUCCAAAUCUAGCGCACAUCGCACACGUCAAGGGCAAAGACGUCUCUCGGGUUACUGCUCAAUAUCCCAAAAGUUUGAGUAGCAGCAAGUCUACACGAUCUUUCCAGGUGCCGGAAUGGACGCAGCUGGGCGCACAGCUUGACAAGACACGAUUCCAUAUUCGCAACGAAGAACAGCGAGUCCUCGGUGCGCUUCGCGAAGAUGUCGUUCGUAAUUUGGUAAAGCUGCGACGCAAUGCAGCCGUUCUGGAUGAGCUUGACGUAGCCUGUGCCUUCGCCGGCCUGGCGGUAGAAAAGGGUUUCGUGAGGCCUAUGUUAAACUCCAGCACUUCGCACAAUAUCGUCGGCGGCCGACAUCCCGUUGUAGAGACCGGACUCAGCGGGCAAGGCCGGAAGUUUGCUCCCAAUGACUGCUUACUUGGGGACAAAGAACGCAUUUGGUUGAUCACAGGACCGAACAUGGCAGGGAAGAGUACCUACCUUCGCCAAAAUGCCCUCAUAUCCAUUCUAGCCCAGACCGGCUCCUUUGUGCCAGCCGAAUACGCAGAGAUUGGCUUGGUCGAUAAGGUCUUCAGUCGCGUGGGCUCAGCAGACAACCUGUACCAGGACCAAUCUACGUUUAUGGUUGAGAUGCUCGAAACCGCGCAAAUUCUCAAAGAAGCAACGCCCCGGUCUUUCGUCAUCAUGGACGAGGUAGGUAGAGGGACGACGCCUGAAGAUGGUAUUGCAGUGGGCUAUGCUUGCCUGCACCAUCUCUACCACGUCAACCAAUGUCGUACGCUAUUUGCGACUCACUUUCACGCUUUAGCAGAUAUGACGAGGGACUUUGAGAAGCUCGGUUGCUAUUGCAAUGACGUUUCUGAAGAGGCAGAUGGCACGUUCUCUUAUGUGCAUCGGCUGCGGAAGGGUGUGAAUCGGCAGAGCCAUGCAUUGAAGGUUGCUAGAGUUGCAGGUACGCCAAUUUUUUCCUUUUCUUCUUGCUUUAGCACAAGAAGUCAACCCUAACACCAAACUGCUGCUAUGGCAAUUUCAGUGUGGCAUUGAUCAAAUUGGAACGACAGCAGCUUAAGCAGAUCCCCACUGGUUCAAGGAUGCUACGUUGCAGUGCUCAGGCUGCUGGAUGCGCCACUAGCAAUUACCCACACUAAUGGUUUACUGUAGGCCUUCCUGAAGAUGCCAUAGCAGUCGCUGCCCGGGUCCUAGAGAAACUAAGACCGA